AUGAAGGGUAAUUUGCUUGUGCAGAGAGUGCAGGCCCCGACGGGUCGCGGGCGGAUCCCGGCACCGGCUGCUUUACCCUGCAGAGAGUACGCUGCGCGGCGCUACGUGGGCCGGCGCCACCGUUCCUGCAGAGUCAUCGCUCUGUGCCCCGGAGCCUGGCCUGACACCCAAGAGUGGUCUUUGGGGGAAGUGGUUUCUGUGAGCCUGUGCGUAGUGCGAUUGUACAAGGAUGAGCUCUUCAGUGACCCGCAACUGGUAUUUGUACCCAACAGUGCCCCUGGCUCGCCUUCAUCAUUCAGGACACCAGGGCUCCGGAGGCAAGGGGGCAGCACUGGUUGCCACUACCCUGCGGCCACCUGUGCGCUCAGGCGAGAGGCCUGCCCACCCCUCACUCUGGCUGCCUUCGAGUGCCUGGCUAGGAGCCAUACCAGCAGCUUUUGGGAGCUGCUGCGGCAAUUCUGGGCCGAUCAUUUCUCGCGGCGCUUCUCACCACGGCGGCCGCCGCUGCGCCACAUCUCCUCCACGUCCACCUUCUAUCUGUUGGACCACCGGACGCGCCAGGCUGAGCUGGGCCUCAGCUACGGUGAGCCGCGCACACGCCUCAACAACCAGGCCUUCGUGUUCCGCAGCGGCCGGUGGAGAGCGGAGGGCCAGCAGCCGCGGUCACGGCCGCCGAAGUCCUCGCCAACCAUCUCAGGCUGGAAACCACAGGUACAGCGAGUCAAAACCCAGAUGCUGUUGGAGGAGAACAACUACCUGAAGCUGCAGCAAGAACUACUCAUGGACAUGCUGACUGAGACCACGGCGCGCAUGCACCUGCUGGAAAAGCUCAACCCUGAGAACAGUCAGGCGCGCGCCUGGCAGAGAAAGAUGCGCAAGCGUGAAGCCGCCGGCGGCGUGCUCAUGAUCGAACCGCGCGCUUCGGAGUCGCGGUGA